AUGAAAGAAGAACAAAGAGAUUUAUAUUCAUUAAUAUUAAAUCAAUUAGUAUUUGAUGGAUAUGUAAAUGAAGCAACAAAGUUGAGUGAAUCAAUGAUGAUUCCUUGUCCUCUACCAAAUGAAGCAUCAAAUAAACUUUCUACAUUGUUUCAAAUUAGUCCUCAGAAACAAGAUAUUUGGAAUGAUGAUGAAUCAUCAAUAUUAUCAAUGGAUAAUAAUACAAUAUUAACAGGAUUAGAUUUAGAUGUACCACCACAAUCAUCAUCACCUCUUGGUAAUCAGACUACAUUUAUAACCAAAUUUAUAACAACACACAAGAAUGCAUGUAGAUGUGCAAAGUUUAGUGGUGAUGGUAAAUAUGUGGCCACUGGGUCAUCGGAUGCAAGCAUCAAAGUACUAGACGUCAACAAAAUGAGAAACUUUAAUCAAACUAAAAAUGAAACAAGUGAAGACUUUGCUCCAAGUAGACCUGUAUUUAGAACUUUUUAUGAUCAUUCAAAGCCAAUAACAGAUUUAGAUUUUCAUCCAACAGCACCAAUACUGGCAUCAGCAUCAAAAGAUUGUACAAUUAGAUUUUAUGAUUACAAGAGCUCAUUGAAACGAUCAUUUAAAUAUCUACCAGAUUCUCAUAGUGUUAGAACCAUACAAUUCCAUCCGUGUGGUGAUAUGAUUUUGGCGGGUACUGAUCAUCAUAUGAUCCGUCUCUACGAUGUCAAUACAUUUCAAUCGUUUACAUCGCGCAAGGUAAACGAACAUCAUCAUGGUCCAAUCAAUAUGGUGCGAUACUCGAUCGAUGGAAACAUCUUUGCAUCGUGCUCUAAAGAUUGUACCAUCAAGAUUUGGGACGCUCAAAACUUUUCUCUUAUCAAUACUUUGGCUACUCCUCACAAUGGUAUGGAAGUCACGUCGGUACAAAUCUCUCGUAAUCAAAAAUACCUAUUAUCAUCGGGUCGUGAUAGUUGUGUUAAACUUUGGGAAAUUUCUUCUGGUCGUUUAAUUAAUACUAUAAAUACUGGUGUUCAAUUAUCAAAUAAUAUUAAAAAUAAAAUGACAGCAACGUUUAAUUUUAACGAAGAAUUAAUAUUAACAUUGGAUAAUCAACCUUCAAACUUGGCAAUUUAUAAUUCAAGAAAUGGAGAGGCUAUGCAAUCAUUGCCAGGACAUAUUCAAUCUAUUAGAGCAAUUGCAUCUUCUCCCGUCGAGAAUGCAUUGAUGACUUGUAGCAACGAUUUUAGAGCCAGAUUUUGGUGUGAAAGUAAAUCUUCUAUUAAUAAUAGUAUGAAUAUUGACAAGGAAUAA